AUGCCGGUCUGUGCUGUCAAAUUGUGUCGCAAUUAUGUCAGAAAAACGUAUAAUAACACCAAGAUCACUUAUCAUCGAUUUCCUACGGAUCCCGAACUAGCAGAUCGUUGGAGAGCGAUUAUACAGCGGACACGAAAUGAAGGCUAUUGGAAACAUCACAAGACUUCAGUCGUGUGUUCUGAACAUUUCUCUGAUGAUGAUUUAUAUUAUACAAAAAUGGGACUUAGGCGGCUUAAGAAUGGAUCGGUGCCAAGCAAGUGUCUGUUUUUGGUAGGGACGGAAACAGAAUCCCAAAAAAAUAUAAAAAAAGAGCCGUCUGCUUAUAAUAUGGUGAAUGAUAUUGAAAAUCAAAUUAUUGAACCUAAGCCUUCGUCAUCGAAGGAGCCGUGUCUGCUUCUGUUAGUGGCGGAAUCAAAAUCCCCGGCAAAUAUAAAAGCAGAGCCGUCCUCUUCUAAUAUGGUGAAAGAUAUUGAAAAUCAAGUUAUUGAACCUAAGCCUUCGUGCUCGAAGAAUCCGUGUCUGUUUUUGUCAGUGACGGAAACAGAAUCUCCGACAAAUAUAAAACAAGAGCCGUCUGCUUCUAAUAUGGUGAUUAAUAUUCAAAAUGAAAAAUUUGAACCUAAGCCUUCGGGCUCGCAGGAGCCAAGGUUCGGCAUUAGA